AUGCAGUUUGGGGGAAAUCUUUUCUUUUUGUUGAUGUUAACCUUCUUGGUUAAAGAAUGUUACGGGGGAGAUAAUGUGACUGCAGAAAAUGUAACAUCUUUUCGGAAGUCUUUACUGCGGGACUACGACCCUUAUUUACGACCCCGAAAAAAUCAGGGUGAUCCAGUCGUCAUUAACGCUUCGUUUUUCGUCCAUCGCUUUAAUGAUAUCAAUGAAAAGGAAGAAAGUGUUUCUUUGCUCGGGUACUUCAGCAUUUCUUGGAAUGAUGAAUUCCUAGUAUGGAACAAACAAGAGCAUUCCAAUAUAAGUAGCAUAGAGUUAAAAACAAUGGAGAUAUGGUGGCCCACAAUAGCUUUAGGUAAUCCUGUUGGAGAUUUUGAGAUUUUCCAGAAUCCUUACAAGAUGUUUCGCGUCUCAUCUUCUGGUGAUGUUAAAUGGUUUCCUGGCGGUUUAUAUUCUGUUAGGUGUGAGUUGAAUCUUAAAAAGUACCCUUUUGAUGAACAAACAUGUGAUUUCAUGUUCGUGAUAAUCGGAUACGAAGAUAAUGAUGUAAUAAUCAAUGCUGAACCUAGUGUUCUCCAUAUGUCUGGAACAACCGAGUGGGACAUUUCAGCCAGUAAAGUUUACAGGGUAUCGAACGGAAUGAGUGGACUAACUGCUAGGUUUAGUCUACAAAGAAAACCAUUUUUUGUGGUUCUUACGGUGUUGUUGCCACUCUCUUUGCUGUCUGUUAUGAAUUUGUUUGUCUUUCUCAUUCCUGUGGAGUCUGGCGAGAAAAUAUCAUUUGCAAUCACCACAUUUCUGGCCUACUCGAUUUAUCUGUCGGCCAUUGGAUCCUCUCUCCCUGCCAAAGACAACGUACACAUGGUGGUAUACAUAGAAAUACUGAUGGUCCUUAGUGUUAUUAUGAUGGUAUUAGUCAUUAUUCAAACCAGACUCUUCUUUUAUUAUGGCGAACACCAACUUCCAUGUUUUAUCGGAAACCCUGUGAGUGACAAAAUUAUGGACGGAGCCAAUUCAGAUGACAAAAACAAAAUGUUCCCAACGAGAACAUCAAAAGAGUUGAAAGGCAGAACGUGGUCAAACAAUAUGGCGAUCAUUGAUAAAGCUCUCUUCGUCUCUUUUGUUUGUAUUUUAGGAUCAGUUAGCAUAUAUUAUUUUGAUUUGAUGAUGACCAAAUCUUAA